AUGGGUCGCUUGCACUCAAAGGGUAAAGGAAUCUCAAGCUCUGCGAUCCCGUAUCGACGAGCGGCACCGUCCUGGUGCAAAACCUCGCGGAAGGAAUGCGUGGACUUGAUCGUGCGACUUGCACGAAAGGGUAUGACGCCCUCCCAGAUUGGUGUGCAAUUGCGUGACCAGCACGGCGUACCGCUGAGUAAACCUAUUACGGGGAACACGAUUGUACGUGUCCUACGUGCACACGGCCUUGCGCCUGAAAUCCCCGAGGAUAUGUACUUUCUCGUGAAGAAGGCCGUGAAUAUUCGGAAGCAUCUCGAGCGCAACCGCCAGGACAAGGACGCCAAGUUUCGGUUGAUUUUGGUGGAGUCGAGGAUUCAUCGUCUAGCGCGGUAUUAUCGCCGAACGGGGGCUCUGCCACCGACAUGGAAGUAUGAGAGCGCAACGGCAGCUCAGUUGGUGAGCUGA